GUUUCUUUUUGCUACUUCGAAGAGUUGGUUGGAAUUUUGGAGUAAAGAAAACAAUUCAAGUUUGAGUGAAAAUCACCAUUGGAUUACCUCAGAAUGUGAAAAAAUGGACAUUGUGCAAUCUUUAUCUCGAAAGUAAUAAAAUAGAAGAAUUGUUUGUGUGUGAGAAAAAAGCAAACGAAGUUAAAAUGAAAUGGCCAAGUACGAAUUCGAAUGACCGUAAGAGCGUCUUCUAUACAUCGGAGAAUUCAACAAAAAUUAUGGAAUCAACGAAGAAGGAAGGCACCACCGUAACAGACAACGUCGUUUUCCGAUUCAAAAUGGGAGGCGACGACGAAACGACGGAAAGUCAAAAUUCCAAGUCAUCAAGUAGCAUUGAAAGCAACAAUAAUAGCACCGACUUCAAACGAUAUUUGAAGAAUUUCAUGCUAUUUUCAAAUCUGGAAAUAGAAAGUGAGAAGAAAUGUCGUGACGAGCAGUUAUCGAAAAUCGUGAAGGCGUUGAUGUACUUUGAGAAGAAAUUAAGGAAGGAACAGGAAAUUAUCCAACAGCAGCUUUUUGAGAAAGACAAAGUGAUAAAUCGUCAAAUGCACACGAUUUCCAACAUGAAAGUAAAACUUGGCGUUCAAUGCGACGAUCUAGAUGAUGAUAACAUCUUUCAUGACACGUCCGAAUAUUGUCCAAUGUGCAGGAAAAAAUAUUAUCUUCGAGCGACAAAAAGUUCCACCACACAAACCGUCAGCAAUAAAUUUCAAACAAAUAUCAGUGAUGAUUAUUCAUCUAUACAGAGUAUAGAAUAUAUGUCAUCGAGUGAAGAACAAGAAGCUUUAUUAAAUCCUAAUCCGUUUUCAACAGCCCGCAGAAGCAAGAAGUACACCAGCAAGAAAUCUUAUAAAGAUUAUUUACAGUCGCGCCCACACAGCGCGGAAAACAAAGCUAACAACUCGUUGUCGUUGUCGACCAACGGUAACAUCAACAACAUCACAACAAAUGACUUUCCAAAUAGUGAUAGUAACAACAACAGCAUCGGCAAACGAGAAAACCUUAACGGAAAGGAAAUUACGAUCAGUAAAAGUACAACGAGUGGAGGUGCCUCGAAGUUUUCUCUAAUUAUGAACGAUAUUCACGGCAUCAAACAACAAAAACAGCAAACAAAUGAUGACACACAUUCGCUUAAAAUAAAUCGUAUGCAUGGUAUAAGUUUAACUUCGCUAAAUGCUAUUGAAAAGCAAGAAAUUAUCAAUGAUGAAGAUGAUGAUGAUAGUAAUGAUGAUGUGGUCAAUAGUAAUCAAUCUGGGAAUAAUAUUGAGAGAGAUGUGAUUAAAGAACAACAAUCUGAUGCUUCCGUCACACGAAAGUAUUGUGAUGAUGGGUUGGAAGUGAAACAAAAAAUCGCAACACGUGAUGACUGGUACAUAAGUGAUAUUGAAGAUUCUGACACUUUAAGUUGUAAACCAUCUUAUAGCAAUGUUACAGGCGUUUCAAAUAGCGUCCUUGAAUGUGUGAAUCAAAUACUUCUUCAACAAUCGAUGGAUGAAUUUAUUGAAACGCAAAACGAGAAAAGGUCGAGUUUCGCAUCGAAUGAUUCGAAAGGUUCAAAAGAUUCGCAAUCAUCAGCAACGCCUACGCGUUCAAAUAAACGAGUACACUUCUCAACAAAGAACAGUAUGGUGCAAAUAACGCCACUGCCACGAACGCCACCUUCAGAUAUGCAUUCAGAUGAUAUGUUGAACUCAACAUACGAGAAUCAAAGUACUUAUAGCAACGAGUAUGAGCCGAUUGGAUCGUCGCGGACUUAUGUCGACAUGGAUACAAAAAGUCUCGACAAUUAUAAGCCAACGCUACCACCCAAGCCUGAUAAUCUUAUGAAACUGCAACAGAUCUCGAAGCAACGGCACUAUGUUCACGAUCAAUCUUUCAACAACAAACAGAAGAACUCUGAUUAUGAACUUAACGAGUCGGAGCCAGACUAUUGCUCAAUAUCUGAGAUACAAGACAACAUAAAAAGUGUAAAAAUUGUUAAGGCGGAGAUUCAUAACGAUGCUGAUGACAAUGAAUAUUCUGAAAUCAAAGAAGUUCCUACACCCGCGCCUUCUGAACUGGGUGAAGAUUCAUUUGAAGACGUUCCAAAAUUGCCAAAUGUUUAUUCAAUAAUUCCCGGUUUCGAGCCACCCACGUCACCAAGAAAACAACAAGAUGCAACACCAAUAAAAUGCAUUGGACAUGACAAUUACAUCACAAAAUCGCCGAUUAAAAAGAAAUCGCCAUCGUCGAUUCUCGCUGAAAUAAAAAGUGUUAAGAAAACACCACCAAAAGUGUCACCUCCACCAAUUCCUUUAAAAAAUCAACAAACGAUUAAAAUAAUUGACGAGAAGAUACAACAAGAAUUCGAUUGGUAUAAUCUCGAUGCCGAAUACACUAAAACCGAAGUCAUUUCACCACAGAUUGAAAACAUUGAAGAAAUGUAUCAGUUUGACGAUGAAAAUCUCGGCGAUGUUGAUUGUGUCGAAGAUUCAGACAUAAAAGUUGAAUAUAACUUAGAUUUUGAGUACGAGCAAUCAUCAAUGGAAGGCAUUGAAAUUGAAAGAAACAAUAACAGUUUUACGACUGUUAUCAAAAUUAACGAGACAUCGUCAACGAGUGAAUCUUCUCCACCAUCACCAGUGAAACAGACCAGUAAAACCACAAAUUUAAUUAAUGAAUUAGUUGAAACUCCCAAGAUAGACCUUAAAAAGAAGCUCAAUUACGAGAAGUUCCUGAGUGAAACGGGGAUGUUAUCAAAGCCUUUAAUAGCAAGAAAAAAGUUUUAUGCUGGAUCGUUUGUGUAA